GUCAUAGGUCAUUGGGCGGGAUGGGGGCGUGGCCCAUGGCGCUGACAGGGGCGGAGUGGCAGUGGCCGGAGCAGUCUGGACGGUGAUGGCGGCAGCUGUGGUUACCGCGGCACCAGUGACCCCGGCGCCUGAGGCCGGCAUGGAUGGCGCCUCCUCAGUGCACUGGUUCCGCAAGGGGCUUCGGCUCCACGACAACCCUGCGCUGCUGGCGGCAGUGCGCGGGGCGCGCUGUGUGCGCUGCGUUUACAUCCUCGACCCUUGGUUCGCGGCCUCCUCCUCGGUCGGGAUCAACCGAUGGAGGUUCCUGCUUCAGUCUCUGGAAGAUUUGGACACAAGUUUAAGGAAACUGAACUCCCGCCUCUUCGUAGUCCGGGGACAGCCAGCUGACGUGUUUCCGAGGCUGUUCAAGGAAUGGGGGGUGACCCGCUUAACCUUUGAAUAUGACUCUGAGCCCUUUGGGAAAGAACGGGAUGCCGCCAUCAUGAAGAUGGCCAAGGAGGCUGGAGUGGAGGUGGUGACCGAGAACUCUCAUACUCUCUAUGACCUGGACAGGAUCAUCGAGCUAAAUGGGCAGAAGCCGCCCCUUACCUACAAGCGCUUUCAGGCCAUCAUCAGCCGCAUGGAGCUGCCCAAGAAGCCCAUGGGCUCUGUGACCAGCCAGCAGAUGGAGAGCUGCAGGGCCGAGAUCCAAGAGAACCACGAUGAAACCUAUGGCGUGCCCUCCCUAGAGGAGCUGGGGUUCCCCACUGAGGGACUUGGCCCAGCUGUUUGGCAAGGAGGAGAGACAGAAGCUCUGGCCCGCCUGGAUAAGCACUUGGAACGGAAGGCCUGGGUUGCCAACUAUGAGAGACCCCGAAUGAACGCCAACUCCCUGCUGGCCAGUCCCACGGGCCUCAGCCCCUACCUGCGCUUCGGCUGCCUCUCCUGCCGCCUCUUCUACUACCGCCUGUGGGACCUGUAUAAAAAGGUGAAACGGAACAGCACACCUCCCCUCUCCUUGUUUGGGCAACUCCUGUGGCGAGAGUUUUUCUACACGGCAGCCACCAACAACCCCAGGUUUGACCGCAUGGAGGGGAACCCCAUCUGCAUCCAGAUCCCCUGGGACCGCAAUCCCGAGGCCUUGGCCAAGUGGGCCGAGGGCAAGACAGGCUUCCCUUGGAUUGACGCCAUCAUGACCCAGCUGAGGCAGGAGGGCUGGAUCCACCAUCUGGCCCGGCACGCCGUGGCCUGCUUCCUCACCCGCGGGGACCUCUGGGUCAGCUGGGAGAGCGGGGUCCGGGUAUUUGAUGAGCUGCUCCUGGAUGCAGAUUUCAGCGUGAAUGCGGGCAGCUGGAUGUGGCUGUCCUGCAGCGCUUUCUUCCAGCAGUUCUUCCAUUGCUACUGCCCUGUGGGCUUUGGCCGCCGCACGGACCCCAGUGGCGACUACAUCAGGCGAUACCUGCCCAAAUUGAAAGGGUUUCCCUCUCGAUACAUCUAUGAGCCCUGGAAUGCCCCCGAAUCAAUUCAGAAGGCAGCCAAGUGCAUCAUUGGUGUGGACUACCCACGGCCCAUCGUCAACCACGCCGAGACCAGCCGGCUCAACAUUGAGCGAAUGAAGCAGAUUUACCAGCAGCUCUCUCGAUACCGGGGACUCUGUCUGCUGGCGUCUGUCCCUUCCUGUAUGGAAGACCUCAGCAACCCGGUGGUAGAGCCCAGCUCGAGUCAGACUGGGAACAUGAGCAGUGCAGGCCCAAGACCACUACCCAGUGGCCCAGCGUCCCCCAAACGCAAACUGGAAGCAGCCGAGGAGCCACCUGGUGAAGAACUCAGCAAACGGGUCAGGGUGGCAGAGUUGCCCGCCCCAGAGCUGCCGAGCAGGGAUGUGUGAGACUGCAGCACUUUGGCUCCGUGAGCAAAGCCUGGAUGCCCAAGCAGCCACCACGGCAGCAGAGCACAACCUGCAGAAAAGCUGAUCGCCGACAGAGAUGGAGCGAACGUGUGUGCGCGCGCGCGUGUGUGCAGAGGAAGGAGUGGUGUGCCUAUUUGCGUGUGCAUGCAUCUGUUUACACUCUUGUGAUUCUGAACGCUGCCCAGGCUGGAGAAGUACCUGUAGCAGCUUCACCUCCGCCUUCAGACACCAGGCUAGAUGUCAUGGCCAUGACUUUCAGCCACAACCCCUCCCUGCAAGCCAGCUGCCCACUGAAUGGAAGAGCAGUAGGGCCUUAGCUGAGAUCCUGGAUUCUGCCCCUCCCCCAACUCUCCCUCCCUCCCCCCUCUCAUCAGACCAGGGAGCGGGAGGGCAGCAUUUCUGGCUCCUGUCCAGAGGAUGGGGUUCUAAAGGCAGCCAGAGCCCUACUGAGUUCCUCCUGACCCUGGAGGCUGAGCAGGCUGGAGUGGAUGGAUGCCUUCCAGACACAGUCACCUGGCCGGGCUUCUUUCUUAUUUUUAAAUUCCCUGCCAUUGGGUCCUCCAGACCCUUCCUUAGGCACCUGGGACAGAACAUGAGGCUGCAGACAGAUCUGAAAACUUUCUACCAUCAUACGGAAGUACACCAGCACCUGUAUGCAUGGUACCAUAGAUGGUAGCCUAGGAAGUACAUCCAUCCACCUUUUUGGGCUUAAAACCUAAGGUUGGGAAUAAAAUCCCAGCUCUUACUGCUCUUCCGCAGAAGCUAAGAGCCAGUCCCAGAGCUGACUGUGGAGACCCAGCGCCUCCACCAACCGGAGGCAAGGUUCCUGGCUUUUCCGGCCAUACUCCAGGGUGCCACAGUGCUGCCAUUGAGGCCAGCUGGCACCCAGCCAGGGAAACCACUCUAGCCUGUGCUCUGUAGGCUUCCAGAGCCUGCCCAGGACUGGUCAGCAUCCAAGCUACCAUGUCAGCUCUGCCAGUAGCUGGACACCAAGGACCCAGGCAGGUAGACUCGGGUGAGGACUGCCAGGGACAGUUGGGAAAGGUCCAGGUAAAGAUCCCACUCAGCACACCAACCCUUCCAGAGUAGCAGGUGGGAGGUUUGACCCAGAGAAGCCAAGGCCUUUCAUUCCAGGAGUGGCCUGUGCCUCCCACCUCAAUCCUCCCACUGUCAAAGGCCCUUGUUGAGAAAGACACAAUAAAAAGAAGGACUGUGGUCAGCUGCAGCAAGUCUUCCUUCCACCCUGUGGCCUGCACUUGAGCCACAAAGUGUGUGUGUGUGUGUGUGUGUCUGUGUGUCUGUAUCAGUGUGUGUCAGCUACAUGCGCGCGUAGCUGAGAGGCUAGUUCCUCUUUGGAUUUUUGUCCUCACAUGUAACGUUAAGCUGGCCUCUGGGCCUUCUCCUCUCUACCUCCCUGUGACCUUUCCUAGCCUUAUAGUCGUUAACUCCCUUGGCCCAGCCCUGUCCCUCACUGUCCUCUGUCCUCGGACCAGAACCCUGGGGUCAGGCCUCUGUCUCCGUCAGCUGUCCAGACACUGACAGGCUUCUUCCUGAGAUGUCCUCAGGUGUUCUCAGCCAGAGAGCUGCCUUUAGAGUUCAACUCUUGUAUGUUUGUCAUCCUCACUAGAAAUGUCCUGUAAUUAUGUGGGGGGAGCAGGGCACAGGUGAUGGUGUGUAUUUGAAGCAUUGGGUUAGGGACUUCCCUGUUCCCUUAGCCCCAGCUAGGAGAAAGAGUACUGGGGACCAUAGCCAGAAGGAGUAGAGCAAGCCUGGGAGGGCUGGUCUGAAAAACUGAGAAGGCCAGAGGGCUUCAGCCAGAGUCAGUAUUUAUUAGCAGCGCCUUCAGUUACCAGGAUGAGUCCCUUUCCCUGCCUAUUCAGUGACGAUUCUCUUCCCUAAGGUAAAAGUCGGCCAGACCACCUACCCCUGCUUCACCAUCCUUGGCAUGCUGGCCCAUUCCCAGUGGAAUGGAGUGGUCCGCUCCUGGAGUUAGGAGGGGUGGGGCGAGGAGAGUGUGCAUCCAGUCUCCAUGAUGGCCUCGUGCCGCCCCUCUCCUGGCCCAGGUGUCCCUGGGGCUGCCAUAGAGCAUUGCCCCAAAUCCUGAUCCAAGAGCCAGCAUGGGGAAGAGAUGGUCACAGGCAAAAUGCACUUUAUACAGAGAUUUUCUAUUGCUGGGAAGGUGUGUUUCUCCCACAGUUUGUGAAUAUUCACUUGUUUCAUAAAUGUCUGAUCCUGUAUGAACAAA